AGAGGACAAUGAGAGGAUAUAUGAUGAAGGAGUCGGGGAGAUGUGCCGGCGUAUAGCAACGUAAAUUGGAGGCAAACAGAGUCAAACAGGCCAUAUAUGCCGGCGCCUGAUGUGGUUGGAGUCUUCAUCCUGCCCACGUCGAGCAAGAACAGUCCUCAGGCCCUCGUCCUCCCCAGGGCCGUAGUCCUCUUCUUUUCGUCUUUCUGUGUCCUUAGUCUUUGUUUCUCUUUCUUAUUUUCUUCUUUGGCCGUCUGCACUCUUUCGACCCGGUCAAUACCGCUUCAGUCUCUCUUCACGCUGGCGUGUGGUACUGAACCCUAAAACAUGGACACAGCAACUCCCCGACCGCAAUCUACCUUCAAGGCCGCCAUGCCUCGAAAGAAGGGCCCUCCCACAGCCUUGCGCAUUGACACCCCUGCGCAGAACCUCAAUAUAGCCCUCGAAUUCAGCGAUCCCUCUGCACCUACCUCUACUCUUUCUUCCGCUACCUCCGACUCCGACUCUUUCGUGUUUCCCCCUCCUACUAAAUCCCGCUCACGUAACAUGAAGAAGCUUUCUUUGACGCUUCCUUCUGCUCAGUCCUCAACUACUUCUCUCGUCAUUCCAGAAGCCAUCGUCCCUCCGAGCCCUGCACAGCUGCCUGCAACCGUUCACCGGCGCAGACCCUCUGUUCUCUCAUUGCCGAAUGCUAGUACGGGCACUCUCCUGCAUCGCAAAGAUGAAGACGGAGACGGUUCACCGUCUGCACCGUACUUGGAUGGCCCAAUACAGAUUCUUCCUGGCAUUUGGCUCGGUUCCGAGGACAACGCACGGGAUUGGAAGGGGUUGAUAGAGCGUGGCAUCAAAUCCGUGUUGAACGUAGCAAAGGAAGUUGUCACUGUCUUCGACAACAGCACCGCCCAGCCACUACGACCGUUCAUGUCAACGCCCGACUUGAGCGUCACGGUCUCAACAUCCGAUUCAACCUAUUACCCCGCGCAUAUACCGAGCGGGCGACCGGCCAUGCACUAUCUCAAGCUUCCUUGGUCGCACGGACAGUCCGACCUUGUUCGACAGGGCUUCCCCGCAGCUAUGCUCUUCGUGGAUCAAGCACUGGAACGUGGUGACGGCGUGCUGAUCCAUUGUCAAUGUGGGGUGUCUCGUUCGGCGACCAUGGUGAUUGCGUUGGUGAUGCGUGCGGCGGCGCAGUGUUCACCCUCUGUACCUCCAGAGGUUUGGGCUCUAAAGGGUAUGCAAGGCGCAUAUUCCUUUGUAAAACAAAAAAGCAAAUGGGUUGGACCCAACAUGUCAUUAAUUUAUCAGCUCCUGGACUAUGAGCGAUCGUUCAAGCCAGGGAAUGCUUCUCCGGCCGCAUCCGAGCGUUCUUCAGUGGCGAUGGAGGAAGAGGAGUGGGGUAGGCAAAGGCAGAUGCUCGAAGAUGCCGAUGAUGCAGACCAAGAAAGCCUGGAGAUCAUACGGGAAGCUCGUGCGCUUGAUAAGGCCAUGGAGGAUCGUUUAGUUGCACGCAAGUCGUCAACGUCGUCGAUAAGCUCGACUGGGCGUGGCAUGGGUCAAGCCUGGAGGAACCGUUAUGGUCACCGUAAACGCGCAGGAUCGAUCGCGAGCACACUUACUACAGGAAGUGUUCUCAGUGAAGAUCUCGUUGAGGAAGAUGAGGAACAGGAAUUGCUAGGUGUAGGCGGCGGGUUUAUCAGCAGCACCGAACCAACCGAGGAUGAAACGUCCUCAUUGUCUUCUGCUGACCCGAACUCUCGUCAAACAUCACCUUGCCACUUGGGAGAUGAACGCCGAGAUUCAUUACCUGCUCCUCGCAUGCCACCUUCUGCGCCUGCGCAUAAGAACACCUUUUUACUUCCGCCAGUACCGGCCACAGCCAUCCGAUCAACCUUUGAAUUCCCUUCACGGCUCCAGCCCAAGGUGAAAGCGAGGCGGCGCCCUCCACCACUAGUUGGCAUCCUCCCUCCUGUCCCAUCGUCUCCUGUCACACCCAUUGUACCCGCUACAGCGAUCCCAGCUCGUUCACGUGUAGAAAGCCGAAAACCUGAACAACCCCCCGCGUACCUCCGCAGACCUCCAAGUUCCAGGUCAUCUUCUAACUCGUCUUCUAACCAUCCGCUAUCUGCGACACCCUCUCAAACCCUUUUCGUCUUCCCGCCUUCGCCGACACGCGCCACGAUGCACACGCCUUCUACGAUGACGCUCACGUCGAAUUCAUCUUUCGUUUUCCCUGCUUUAAGCACCCCUCGGAUCUCGACUUUCCGGUCGCAAGGUAGAAGCAAGUCGUUCAUUGGCGUGCCCUCUGUUUCGACACCUACAGUCGCAUCUUCACGCGUCGAUGCGAGGGGCUGGGUUGGUAUUCACUAACCCUUACCCCCUAUCCUCCUCGCAUUUGACUCAUGCCUAGAGGUUGUAUCCUUAUUGCUUAUUGCCUGCUCUUCUUCUUUAUGACCUUGAAACGAGGCCGACGCUUUGUUCAUUCAUAGCUGUACUAUAUUAUUCCUUUCUUACUUAUUGGCGGAGGAUUUGAUACCCGCUCUUCUUGUUCUGGUAUUUGGAAGAUGAACAAUUGGCCUAUCUGCGCAUGAGUUCUAAUCUCAUUUUGUCGGGCUUUUUUUUGUUGCAACUUUUUUUCUUUUCUUUUGCAUCACAUGGAUUUGGACUACAGACUCGCAACCUCAUUUGCAUUUCUUUCGUCCCAUGUACAAUAUAUCAUUCACUUUCUCCUGUCCCAUGUUGUGAUCGCUCGCGUUCGUCGUACCAUGUUACCUCGCAUUCGCACUUUUCUUCCCUCUGUUCGACACUUCAUUGUUAUCUCCCUUUUGUUGGCCUUUUGCUUGCUUCUUGCAUCGAGACAUGUCUUUGCCGCUCCGCAGAGCGGACCCCGAGCAAUCAAAGAAUGAAAUGACCGUGCAUCUAGCGAAUC